AUGGGACUGCGCGUGUCGCUCCAGCGGGCGCCCGCCGACUCUAUCACGCAGAUCAGGACGGAGACGCUGAUGCUCCCCGUUGCAUCGAACACGAGUGGAUGGGCGACCGCAAGCAGCGAAUGGGGGGAAACUUUCCUGACGCCGAUGCCGAUGACGCCGCUCCCGGCGCCCCAGACCGUGGUGGUGGAAUAUCAGCUGUUUCCCGGGUUCCCGAGCCUAAUGACCUGGUGGAGGCUUGGGGUAGCAACAACAGCUGCAGGAGGGUCGGCACCGGUGACCACAGAUACAACAACCAGCCCCGCCACACCAGGUCGAUCUCAGACAGUUCCGGACGUCCCUACUCCCACCAACUCCGAUUCCGAAACAGCAGUUGUUUCCAAAUCCAGGUCUGUACCUCGGGAUAGUCAAACAACGGCCAACGGAAUUGUCAUUUCAUCGUCAGGCCCACUCAUCAGCCUGAGCGCGGGACUGCUAAGCCCCCCAUCGCCAGCUGCACCUAGUCCGAGGCCAAGCGCUUCACCGGCGACACAUAACCAUCGGCCCGGGACAGGCCCGGUCGUCGGCAUCGUGCUCGGCGCAAUUGCCGGAGCCAUAUUGCUCGUACUUGUUAUCCUGGGGCUCCGGCGCAGAGCCUUGCGCCGUCAGGCCAAUCAGCAGACCUCUUUCGAGCCCGCGCCGCAGGCAGAAAACAUGCAAAUAACCCCGCGUGGCACGCGCAUACUCGCCCCGCCGCCAUCUGAGAACGGAUCACUCGCACGGGUCGUCGCCGAGGCACAGGCGGGCAUGCUGCGCAAGAUAUCCAGCGUACGGCAUGGGAUGAGACCAGCGGAUCCAAUAGUGCCCGGGGUUCCGCCGGCGGGCCGGGAUGCCGCAGAGGCGCUGCCGAGUGAGAUUUUGCAGCAUGUGCAGACAAUGGCAGCAAGGAUGGCGUUCGUCGAGGCACAGCUCAGGAUCAUCAACGCGGUCGGUGGGCAGGAGAUGGAAGCGCCACCGGAGUACUCAACCAGUUGA